CCAGGUACUACGAACCCCAGCUGUUUCGGUUUCCGACAACAACUCGAGGAACCUCUGCUACUCCGAGAGAGUGCGAGAGAGUAAGAAGUAAAGUGCAUCUUGUCAAAAAGGAGUAACCUCAGCCGUAUACCCCACUUCACACACAAAUCCCCACUUAUGCUCGUGCUCCCCACCACUGAAAUCGAGUUUAGUCUUCGACAAAACUGAGUAUAUAUAUAGGAUUUGACACGCUGUCCAAUGUCCCAGGGAGCCAUGUAUAAUCCAAGAAUUCCCAAAAACUCAAAUCCUCUCUGAAUUGUGAGCACAAGGAAUUGAUCGACUCAUCGGUUUAAAUGAGGUCCAAGAUAUCCCCAAUCCUCUGCUCAAAAUUCAUGUUGAUUUUUGGAUCACACCGGUUGUGUUGCAUUUCGGCCCGAGAUUUUUAACCUCAACGACAAUCACAAAUCAUCCGGCGAUAAAGGAGAAUAAGUAAAAAUGUUGCCACGAGACACUAGUAAGACUGACUACAUAAGUUUGAAUAUAAACGAUCCUGGAACAUACCUGAAGCCCUCGAGGAGCCUGUGGAGACAAUGGAAUCAGAUGUCCAGGUUUCAGCGGAAUGUAUUUUGGUUCCUGGUGAUCACUGCUCUUCUUAUAUUAUUUUAUCUGCUUCCUGGUGGCACGAAGAACGUGAUUAUUGACGAUGGCAGUGAUUAUGUGAAUGCUAAAGUCGCUCAGGAGAUUCCGAAGGGGGACAGCAUCCCCGAGGAGGUGGUGGUGGACAGUGAGAACCAGGGUGUGGGACCCGGUGGUGGUGAGGUCAUUGAGGAGCCUGAGUUCCAGCCUGAGAUCAAUCAGGUGGACGAUGAUCAGAUUAAUGAGCCACCACAGCCCAAGCCCAAUGCUAUGGUCUUCCAUGGGCCUCAGAACGACAGGCAAAAGGCUGUGGUCAGGGCUUUCAAGCACUCCUGGGCUGGAUAUGUCAAGUUUGCUUGGGGACAUGACAACGUUAAACCUAUUUCCAGGGGAUAUCACGAGUGGUUUGGACUCGGAUUGACUAUUGUUGAUUCUUUGGAUACUAUGUACAUUAUGGGACUCAAAGAAGAAUUUGCACAGGCACGUGCUUGGGUAGAAGAGAGUCUAGUUUUCCACACAAACAGAGACGUAAACCUCUUCGAGGUCACCAUAAGAGUCCUAGGAGGACUGCUGUCAGCAUAUCACCUGUCUGGGGACAAAAUAUUCCUCGAGAAAGCCAUCGACUUGGGGGAUCGAAUGAUGCCAGCAUUUUCCACAAGAUCUGGAGUGCCUUACUCAGACGUAAACUUGGGAACAAAGAGUGCGCAUCAUCCCAAAUGGGGGCCUGACAGCAGUACGAGUGAAGUAACGUCAAUUCAACUGGAGUUUCGUGACCUCAGCAGAACCACAGGUCAGCCUAGAUUCGAGGCUGCAGUGGCCAAAGUCUCGGAGCACGUUCACAAUUUAGAGAAGUACGAUGGACUCGUGCCGAUAUUUAUCAACGCCAAUACUGGACUGUUCAGGGAGUAUGCGACUAUUACACUUGGGGCUCGUGGGGACAGUUACUACGAGUACUUAUUGAAGCAGUGGGUGCAGACUGGCAGGACAAUAGAUUAUUUGAGGGACGAUUAUGUGGCUGGCAUUCAGGGGAUGCAGAAGCACUUGGUGAGACGAACAGCGAAGAAUAAAUUCCUGUUCAUUGCUGAAUUGAUAGGGGCCUCGAGGGAUAUGAAGCCUAAAAUGGACCACUUAACUUGCUAUUUACCAGGAACACUGGCUCUGGGUGUUCACAAUGGUCUUCCCUCUGAGCACAUGGAUUUCGCCAAGGAAUUAACAAGAACUUGUUAUCAGACUCACGUGAUUCAGCCCACGUUCUUAGCACCGGAAAUAACUUAUUUCAACGUUCAAGAUACUGGUGAGGAGAGUCAGAUGGACAUGUACGUAAAGUCAACUGAUGCCCACAAUUUAUUACGUCCAGAGUUCAUAGAGAGCCUCUUCUACAUGUGGUACUUCACUGGGAACAAGACUUAUCAAGCCUGGGGAUGGCAGAUAUUCCAGGGUUUUGAGAAUCACACGAAAUUCGAGAAUGGCUACACUAGCAUUGGAAAUGUCAGGAAUCGCAACAAUACGCGGCCCAGGGACAUGACUGAGAGUUUCUGGUUCGGUGAGACUCUUAAGUACUUUUAUCUGUUGUUUGAUGAUACGAGACAACUCGUAGAUCUUGACAGGUGGGUCUUCAAUUCUGAAGGGCAUCCUCUACCUAUUCAUGAGUCAUAACAACUUACUUGUCAAGUUGAGGUAGGUUAAUGGAGGAAAUCUUGAGGCCAGUGGGAAUGAUACAUUUAAGAGUACUUAAAAUCUUUGGAAAAGGAUUUCUCAGAGAGGAUUCCACUUCUACUUGUUACGGUACAAUUCAUUACUAGACGGCUCUCUAAUCAUUUUAUUAUAGUUGUGAUUCAUUCACUUGCGUAAAAUUUGAUGAUUACAUUCAUGACAAGCCGACAUGUAAACAUGUUCUGUCGAUAAUAAACAUUGCACAAACGGUAGAAAAGACUACGAUGCAAAAAUGUAAGAAAAACGUAGGGACGUUGAUCGACUAAUAAUUAGAUUCAUCAAAACUGAAUGGAAAAAUCAUUUUUCAAUAAAUAGUAAUUUUUGUAAAAUGUCAAGAAAUAUGACAGCAAUCAUCUGAAAACAUUUUCGACCACUCGGGGCAUUACCAGUGAACAUUCAAGCUCAAAAUUUUUUGGGAGGCAGACGAGAAUUCCCCAAAUUACGCUGAAUUUGCAAUUAAUUGAAAAUUCAAGAAUGUAUUCGUCUGAA